AUGAUGGGCAUCAAAUCGCGAAAGCUAUAUGAAAAAUUGACUUCGAUCGUAGUCGAGGGUGAUGUGUCUGUAUUUGAAAAGACUCAGCCUAGCGAAUUAUUUCCUGACCUCAUCGUGCACCUCAGCCAAACAAUACCGCAAGAUAUCUUCCAAACUAGUACAGAUCACGAUGAUUUGAAUAUAAGAUUAACGGACUUGGGCAGAUAUCUAGAAGCGAAGUUUGCAAUGAAGAAUCAAUAUCCAUUUACUAUGCAGCGGAUUUGCGAAUUGUGUUAUCACCCAUUGAAAUACUUCAGGACACCAGAGCUGGAAAAGUUUGUGAAUGCCCUCGAAAAGUGCUGUAUGGUAUCAAGUUCCUGGGAUAGAGAUGAAGUGAACAAACACGAAGAAGUAGCUGAUGCAGGUGAUGUUUCCUUAUCAAAAAUCCCUUGGCUGGAUGAAACUCAAGAGCAUGAUCUGGGAUCUUUCAUCAAAGAAAUUGAAACUGUUGUAAGUGUCAACUUUGGCUACGAAAAUGAUGAUGAUGAAGAUCUGCAAACGCGAGAUGUGAUAAUCAAAGACUACUACGACGAAGAUGAAGACGACGAGGCCGAUGCUGACUAUGAAGAAGAAGCGGAGGAUGCAGAAGAAGUGGAAGAGGAGGAAGAAGAAGAAGAAGGAGAAGACGAAGAAGAUAAAUUGGAUGAUGACGUUACUGUUGAAACCAAUCCUACUGAAGAUUCAAGGGAAGGGACUAUCACCAGCGAUGCAGACGACUUAGAAAUGCCAGAGGCAAUACGCAAACGCAAACCCACGGAACUGGAUGAUUACAAAUACGAAAGCAGAGAGUCUCCUGGCGACACAACACCAAAAAAACAACGAUCGGGGACAAAUACAUCGGUACUGACGAACUCUCCCUCGAUAGCGCGAAGCGCAGGUAGUCAGAAUGCCAGCCUGGAGCAGCAAAUUUCUAUGUUGAUAUCUCCCAAAAGCAUGAGCGAAACAAUGGACAAAGCGGUCGCCACUACCGACCAUGAUGAAAAUGGUCACUACAAAGAGACAAGUCCUCUAAUAAGUAAAACAAAAAGGUUAAAUAAAUAA